GGGCGCAGGCGCAGUGACUGUAUUUUCCCCGGGAGGCUCCUCUGACCACGUGGGUCGUGCCGUCCGGCGCGCGCCCGCGGAGGAACUGGAAUCUGUUCAUCGUGGGUGGCAGACUAGUAAAGGCCAUGGCACCGGCGGGAAUCCUGAACGGGAAGGUGGUCUCCGCGCAAAUAAGGGAGCGACUGAAGAGCCAGGUGACUCAGAUGAAGGAGCAAGUCCCCGGCUUCACGCCUGGCCUGGCCAUCCUGCAGGUUGGCGACAGAGAUGACUCCAAUCUUUAUAUAAAUGUGAAGCUGAAAGCUGCUGAGGAGAUUGGAAUCAAAGCCACUCACUUUAAAUUACCGAGAACAUCCACAGAGUCCGAGGUGUUAAAGCAUGUCAUCUCCUUGAACGAGGACUCCAGUGUACACGGAUUCAUAGUGCAGCUGCCUUUGGAUUCAGAGAAUUCCAUUAACACCGAAGCUGUCAUCAACGCCAUUGCGCCCGACAAGGACGUGGAUGGGUUGACUAGCAUCAGUGCUGGGAAACUUGCCAGAGGUGAUCUGAAUGACUGCUUCAUUCCGUGCACACCCAAAGGAUGCUUGGAACUCAUCAAAGAGACAGGGGUGCAGAUUGCCGGAAGACACGCCGUAGUGGUUGGGCGAAGUAAAAUAGUUGGUGCCCCCAUGCAUGACCUGCUCCUGUGGAACAAUGCCACAGUGACCACCUGCCACUCCAAGACUGCCAAUCUGGACAAAGAGGUAAAUAAAGGAGACAUUCUGGUGGUUGCAACAGGACAGCCUGAGAUGGUGAAAGGGGAAUGGAUCAAGCCCGGGGCUGUCGUCAUAGAUUGUGGGAUCAACUACGUUCCAGAUGAUACAAAGCCCAAUGGAAGGAAAGUUGUGGGUGAUGUGGCAUAUAACGAGGCCAAGGAGAGGGCGAGUUUUAUCACGCCUGUCCCAGGCGGCGUGGGGCCCAUGACCGUGGCAAUGCUGAUGCAGAGCACAGUAGAGAGCGCACAGCGUUUCUUGCAGAAAUUUAAGCCAGGAAAGUGGACAAUUCAGUAUAACAAGCUGAGUCUCAAGACACCUGUUCCGAGCGACAUUGAUAUAUCACGAUCUUGCAAGCCAAAGCCCAUCGGUAGCCUGGCCCGAGAAAUUGGGCUGCUCACAGAAGAGGUGGAGCUGUACGGGGACACAAAGGCCAAAGUCCUGCUCUCAGCCCUAGAGCGGCUAAAGCACCAGCCCGACGGGAAAUACGUGGUCGUGACUGGUAUAACACCAACACCCCUGGGAGAAGGGAAAAGUACAACCACAAUCGGACUGGUGCAAGCCCUCGGCGCCCACCUGAAUCAGAAUGUUUUUGCCUGUGUGCGACAGCCUUCUCAGGGACCCACCUUUGGAAUAAAAGGUGGCGCUGCAGGAGGUGGCUAUUCCCAGGUCAUUCCUAUGGAAGAGUUCAAUCUCCACCUCACUGGUGACAUCCACGCCAUCACUGCAGCUAAUAACCUCGUGGCUGCUGCCAUCGAUGCUCGGAUAUUUCAUGAGCUGACCCAGACAGACAAGGCUCUCUUUAACCGCUUGGUGCCUUCAGUAAAUGGAGUAAGAAAGUUCUCUGAUAUCCAGAUCCGAAGGUUACGGAGGUUAGGCAUUGAAAAGAGUGACCCUACGACACUGACGGAUGAUGAGAUAAACAGAUUUGCAAGACUGGAUAUUGAUCCAGAAACCAUAACGUGGCAGAGAGUGCUGGACACCAAUGAUAGAUUCCUGAGGAAGAUCACAAUUGGACAGGCUCCAACAGAGAAAGGCCACACACGCACGGCCCAGUUUGAUAUCUCUGUGGCCAGUGAAAUCAUGGCCGUCCUGGCCCUGACUAGUUCCCUGGAAGACAUGAGAGAGAGACUGGGCAAAAUGGUGGUGGCAUCCAGUAAGAAAGGCGAGCCCAUCAGUGCCGAGGAUCUGGGCGUGAGUGGAGCGCUGACGGUGCUGAUGAAGGACGCAAUCAAGCCCAACCUCAUGCAGACCUUGGAGGGCACACCAGUGUUCGUCCAUGCUGGGCCCUUUGCCAACAUCGCACAUGGGAACUCCUCCAUCAUUGCAGACCGGAUCGCGCUCAAGCUUGUUGGCCCUGAAGGCUUUGUCGUGACUGAAGCAGGAUUCGGAGCAGACAUAGGAAUGGAAAAGUUCUUCAACAUCAAGUGCCGCUAUUCUGGUCUCCAGCCACACGUGGUGGUUCUUGUUGCCACUGUCAGGGCUCUUAAGAUGCACGGGGGCGGCCCCACGGUCACUGCUGGACUGCCCCUUCCCAAGGCUUACACAGAAGAGGCCCUGGACCUGGUUGAAAAGGGCUUCAGUAACUUGAGGAAACAAAUAGAAAAUGCUAGGAUGUUUGGCGUGCCUGUGGUCGUGGCCAUGAACGCAUUCAAGACAGAUACAGAUGCUGAACUGGACCUCAUCUGCCGCCUCUCCAGAGAACAUGGGGCUUUCGAUGCUGUCAAAUGCACCCACUGGGCAGAAGGAGGUCGGGGGGCCUUAGCCCUGGCUCAGGCAGUCCAGCGAGCAUCACAGGCCCCCAGCAACUUCCGGCUCCUCUAUGACCUCAAGCUUCCAAUUAAGGAUAAAAUCAGGAUCAUCGCACAGAAGAUCUACGGGGCAGAUGACAUUGAAUUGCUCCCGGAAGCACAGAACAAAGCCGAAGUCUACACAAAGCAGGGCUUUGGGAAUCUACCCAUCUGCAUGGCCAAAACACACUUGUCUUUGUCUCACAACCCAGAGCUAAAAGGUGUGCCUACUGGCUUCGUUCUGCCUAUCCGUGACAUCCGUGCCAGCGUUGGUGCUGGUUUUCUGUACCCAUUAGUGGGAACGAUGAGCACAAUGCCUGGACUCCCUACCCGGCCCUGUUUUUAUGAUAUUGAUUUGGACCCUGAAACCGAACAAGUGAAUGGAUUGUUUUAAACAGAUCUUCUGUUCGCAAGAGGCCACUUUGUCUGGCCAGUGUCUGUGCAGGCCCACUGAGGAAGUGUGCAGAAGUCCUGGAAGUCAGCCCCGCCCCGAAGAGCUUCAGGAAUAGUGGGAGUUUCCCUAAAGCCUUUUACAGCCUUAAUUCACAUCAUCAUGUAUAAAUUAACAAAAAUCGUGUCUAUUUACCUAGAGAAAAUCCACAGAAUAAAUGGAAUAA